GCUUAGUUAGGGCCCGGAAGCCGGGCGACGCCAUGAUCAGAGGCUCGCGAAAUGCGACCAUCGUGCCACAUGGCAAGCACCUCUGCAUUGAACCUUCUGUCAUCCAAUUUGACGACAUCGAUGCCAACAUCAAGUACAUUCAGACUUUAGUGGUGAGGAAUCUCAGCACCUAUGCCAAGCGCAUCCGCUGCGAGGUGCCAAGGUCUCAAGAAUUUCGAGUAGUCACGGAGAACGAGAUCGGUGUUGCACCUGGACUGUCUGUGUCCAUAGAUGUGGAGUUUCUCACCAGAAAAGCCAACGACUUCGUCGAUAAGCUAGUCAUCACUGCAGAGGACUUCCGCUAUGAGGUGGAGCUGGUUGCCAGAGCUCCCUGCGCGGUGGUGUCGGUGGACGGCACGGUGGACUUUGGCACAGUGGUGACGAAGCGCAUCCAUCAGAGGGAAGUGAUAUUGCGCAACGAGGGCUCCAGAGCUGCGUCGUUUGAGUUCCUCUCUCCCUCAAGAUACCUGAAGCCCAACCCUGCAAUGGGCAAGAUCGGGCCUGCUGGCAGCUCAGAGGAUGUGAAGAGGGUGAAGAUUGAGCUCAGCCAGGAGCUGCCUACCUCCGUGCACGAGGCGGUGCAGCUCAACAUGCAGGGCUUGAGCUCUCUGGUUCCGUCGAGCAGGACGUUGGAGGUUCAUGCCGAGUGCGUUGACCAGACGCUCCAGGUAUACAAAGAUGGGCAGGUGAUAAACAGCCUGGAUUUUGGGAGCCUGUACCAUGGCCUGUCCAAGUCGAUCCGCGUGGAGCUCGUGAACGACGGGCCCACUUCCUGCGGCUUUAGCGCCUCAGUGCUUGAGGGACAUGAAGGGGAUGGCACAAUCAACAGGGGCACCAUGCCCGGUGCAUCCUCCCCAGCAGAGACGGUUGAGAAGGCACAAAGGCCUCUCAGUGUUUCACCCUUCGCGGGAACGGUGCCUGCUUUUGGCAGCAUCUCGCUUGAAUUCACCUAUGCGCCGUCUGUAUUCAAAGAGGGCCAGGGCUUCAUUUGCAACCGCAUGCCUGAUCGUCACACGACGCGGCAUGAGUUCCACGGGAAGAUUGAGAGCGAGGAGCUGAACUUGGCCCUGCCGUUGAAGCUGCUGGGCACAGCAGUUCUGCCAGCGCUGAAGGUCUCUCCGGACAUGCUGCAUUUCGGGCAGUGCCCUGUGAACCAUCGGCGAGACAUCGUGCUACGAAUCAGCAACAGCGCGCAGAACAUGCCCUUGGACUUUGAGAUUCCACGCGUACCGCACAUGGCAGUGCAUCCAAUGAAGGGGAAGCUUGGACCCAAUGAAAACACCAGCGUCGUGGUGUCCUUCACCCCAAAGGCGCUGGGGAAGUUCUCGCAAGAUCUCAUCAUCAAGUACUGCUCCAAGCUGUACUCCCACACCAUGAGGUGCUCGGGUGAGGCGCCCGUCCUGGGCGAAAAGAAUGUGCCGGUCAAGGGGCUGGAGCGCACCGGCCGAGAUUUUGACCCUGAGCACAUCUACGUCAACCAGGAGCAGUUGAGCUUGCCGCCCAAAGCUCGAAAUCUUCAGAGCUUGACCAAGAUCAUGAAGGAAGACAUUGAGAGGAAUCAGCAUUCGUCCGACGCGCUGGAUUCCAUCAUGCUAGACUUGCCGGAGCCUACUCCAUACUCCUUGUCUCCUUCAGCAAUGCAGGAGCAUGUGAGGAACAAGCAGCGCUACAACAAGCUUCUCAAGGAGUCGAGGAUGCGACGGAAGAUGAAGGACAAGGAGGCAAAGAACUCCGAGCCGAUAGACAUUUUUUACGAGGAUGAUGUGAACAUGGGCAUGUUGCCUGGAUCAGGAUUGAAAAGUCCCCGGUACAACGUGGACGAUCUACCGAUGGAGAAGCUGCACCUGGAGCGUGCGCUGGACGACGACAGCGCUGCUCGCGGCGUCACGGGCCACCGCUACAUGCACGAUGAGAAUAAACUCAUCAAGAAGAAGUACAAGGCGGGGCCCACGACCCAGGCUGAGGUUCGGGAGUGCUCGGCCAGCCUAGAGAAUUGGCAGCUGGGCCUCAUCUCUGUUGGGCCUGGGGUCUUAGACUUUGGCAAUGUCUACGUCAAGUCCACUGUGGUCAAGUCCUUCUCUGUCUUCAACGACUUGCCUCAGGCCAUCCUGGUGGCCAUGCAGUAUGACGCCGAGGAGCUGAGCCGCUCCACCCCGAGCUCGCAGGUGGUGCCCUCUGCUCACGCUGCGGGCUUCGACGUCUCGGUGUGCUCAGCGUCGCCGCAGACCUUCCAGCGCCAGGUGGUGUACACGAUCAAUGGCAUUCACCCCUACAAGCUGCUGAUCAAGGCCACGAUCACGCCAGUGCAGAUCCGCAUGUCGAGAGCGGACAUCAACUUCCGUUUUGGCGAGGACAGUCUGGAGAAGACCUUGACGGAGAAGCUGGUGCUGGACAACCCUGGCAAUGCACCUGCCAAAUUCAGCUGGCAGGGGGCCAACCAGUCCUUCUCGGUGUCACCGGUGAGCGGUGUCAUUCCCCGUGGUGGCUCUCAGGGGGUCGAGGUCACCUUCACACCGCCCAACAGCGGUCAGCUCAUGGAGGGCUUUCUCACGUUGAAGGUCGAGGAUGGCAACGACCACAGUCUUCGCUGCGUUGGUCAAGCCCCGGACGCGACAAUCAACUUUGGCGUGAAAAGGUUGGACUUGGGCGUGCUUGCCGUGGGACUUCCUGCAGACAAAUCCAUCCCCAUCGUCAACGGCGGCAAGAACGUGGCCGUCUACCAUGUCGACAGCGUUCCAGACGGUGUCGGCAUAUCGCCCAUGCGCGGGCGCAUCUCUCCAGAGGGAAGAGUGGAGAUCGACGUCCAUGUGCUGCUGGAUAGGCCGAUGCAGCUGGAGUCAGCCGUGACGCUCAACGUGCGCGGAGGCAAGCCGAUUCGCCUCCCCAUCAUGGCCACCGCUGUGAAUCCCAACAUUGAGUUUAUGGAGGACGAGAUUGAGUUUGGACAGCUCACGCUGGGGGCGCAAGGCGUUGUGCCCAUCUCUCUGAAGAAUUCCUCGGCAGUGGAGGGAACCCAUUAUGUCAAUUUGCAGCCAUAUCCGGAGUUCAGCCUGUCCCUGCUGGAAGAGCGAAACGAGGCUUUUGAUGCGGACUAUGAUGCCACAGCUCUUCAGCCCAUCUCCCUGCAGCAGUAUCAAUUGGCCAUUGGUGGAGUCACAGAGACCCAAGCUGCCCCCUCCGCGACAAUGAACAACAAAACUGGAAUGCUGGGGACGCAAAAUGCGAAUCAACUGGGACCCCCAGGGAACGAGGAUGAGGACGAGGAGGCGAACUCGCAGGUUUACAAGAUCACGGUACAGCCCAACUACACCUUGCAGAUGCAGCUCACCUACAAGCCCACAGACCUCGGUCAGCACUUCUUCGAGUUUCCCAUUGUUGCAGCUGGCGGCGGCAAGAGUGAGGGCCUGCGAAAGGUGGUGCAUGCAGAGGCGCUGAGGCCGCGGAUGCUCUUCAGCGCCACGGACCUGAACUUCAAGACCAAGGUUGUUGCGACGGGCAUACAAUCGGUGGCCUCCGUGAUGGAGCUGGCACUCCACAAUGCAGAUGACUAUCCUAUCGAAUGGCGCAUUGACACUGAGCCGCUGAAGAAGUUUAUGGGUGUCUUCACAGUGGAUCCACCUGGUGGCAUUCUGCAUCCUGCACAGGAUUGCCUCGUCCGGGCCGCCUUCAUGCCCAGUGAGCCGAUUGAGUACAAGGCCAACAUGAAUGUGUACAUCUCGCCACCCAGAAGUACAGCGGCCGAAUCGGGCAAGAAUGUGGACGCCAGUCUUGCUUUGCCUGCGGACGAGAGCAAGCCCUACUUGUCUUUGCGGAUGAAGGGCCAGGGUACCGUGCCCAAGCUGGCCUUUGACCGCAGGGAGAUUGUGCUUCCGGUCGUGCCGCUGGGUAUCAGGUCGAGGUGCCUCUUUUACAUUAUCAACGAGGGCUACGAAAGCCUGGAUGUGAAGUACCGGCUGCCCAAUGAUCAGAUCCGCAUUCCGCUGACGAUCAACUUCCCGGAGGGACAGCAGAUCGGCAUCACGAAGCCCAAGAUUCCUGUGGAGAUCUUCUUCCAGUCCAACAAGCCGAUCUCUUUCUGUGCCAAGAUCGAAUUUCUGGACACGGAAUCAGGCUCUUAUGUGCUUCCAGUUUCGGGCACCACUGAGAACUGCAUCUUGACGUGCCACAACUAUUUGCACAACAAUACGGACUUCUACACGCUUGAGGGAGAGCCCGUCAUGCUGCAAGAGAAGGAGGACAAUGCCGGCGGAGAGCCCGGGGCCGCGCCCUCCGUGAAGACGGGCAGCGUGUCGCACAACUCCGUGGCGGGCUAUGGCAACCAGGACAUGACGCAGGCGGACUUCCUGGUGCGGUGGCUCAACGGCAACGUGCUCAAGAAUCAGCUGGACCACUUCCCGCAGGACCUGGUCAACUCCAAUGGACGCCACCUUUAUGAAAUGAUCGAGUUCCUCUCUGGCAAGUCGGUACCCAACAAGGCCUUGCCACCACCGCAGCGGCUGGACAACACGGGAAACUCCUUCCGUGGCAAUGACCGAGGCGGUGGUGCCAAGAAGAGUCGGGAGAUGCAAAAGAUCUUGCAGCUGAUGCAACAGUAUGAGGUUUUGCUGAACUUCCUCAAGCAGCAUGGCGCUCUCUUGUCAUCGCUCCGUCCCGAGCACUUCCUCUCCCACGAGAAUUACCUGCAAUAUCAGCAGAGCAUGAACGUGGGCAUCACCAGAAGGCAAGUGGACAAGAUGUUCUUUCCCAAGAGUAUGGAGGCGUGGAUGACGUCCAUGCUGCAGACGGUGAAGAUUUUCUUGCUGAAUCGCAUCACGCACAAGGCCUUCAAAACCUUGCCCGGCAUGACGCCGGAGUUGGACCAGCCCGUGGGAGCUCCUGUGGGUGCCGAAGACAUGAGCUCAGAGGUGGUGGACAAGAAAGGCUGUCCAGAACUGCAAGGUUCCCUGGACCAGAAGUUCCUGGCGGACUCCAAUGUCUACAGCGUGCCUGAGUGCAUUUUGCUGCGUUGGCUGAACUUCCACUUUUGGCGCGGGAACAAAGAUCGCUACUCACCUCGCAAGGUCAGCUGCUUUGACUCGGACCUUGAAGAUUCAAUUGUCUUGGCCGUGGUCAUCCAGUCGCACGUGCCACACUGCCAGGCUGUGCAGAACAUGCGCCCUCAAUGCACAAGCUUGGAUCAUCAUGAGGAAAACGCCAUGCACAUCAUCGCCGCCUUGUCGGAGAUCGGGCUCCAGUUCCCCAUCACGGUCUCGGACAUCGCCUCUCCGCAGGCGAAGGACAUGCUCCUCUUUGUGAUGUUCCUCUUUCAGAACCUGCCGCACUACGUGCCCAAGACCACCAUCGUUUUCUCCACAAUGCUGGGUGUCAAUAUGACGAAGAAUAUCGAGCUCACGAACCCUUCCAAGAAGGCGAUCACCUACUUCGUGCAGAUGGUCGGGGGCAGCAACGAGUUUGCCAUCAAGGAAGAUCAGGUGAAGUUGGAGCCGAGGCAAACUGUGACUUUCCCAGUGGAGUUCCACAGCCAUUUCUCCAGGCUCGUGGAGGACAAGAUCAUGUUCACAUCCAGAAGAGAGGGCAACGUGAAUGCUGCUGCCAUGGUCUUCAAGCUGAGGAGCCGUUGCACCGGGCGCAAGCCUCGGAGGACCAUCAACGUCUCUGCGGUGCUCUACGAGGUGGGCACAGUGGAUGUGGACUUGGAAAACCCCUUCGCCGAGGAGGCAGAGUUUUCUGUCGCGCUUCGCGAAAGUACAUGCUGUGAUGCAGAAAAGAAUCCAGUGAUAUCCAGGAGAUGUGAAGGUAUGGAGGCUUUCCACUUGAGUGUUACAAGGUGCCGGGUGAAGGCUGGCGGAACUGGCAAGAUCACGGUGUCCUUCUUGCCCUUCGAGGCACCUGCGCACUUCACGGCGCUUCUGGGGGUCUUCGAUUCAAAGGCAGGAGAGUAUUACUAUGAGCUCUUCGGCACGUCUUCUCCUCCUUUGCCACUCGAGACCUACAAGAUGCAGGUGAAGGCAGAAGCGUCUGGCACCAAGGACAUCAUUCUCCCCCUGCGCAACAUGCAGGUGGAGCGAGCCCGCACUUGGCUGGAGAACCAUGCGGGGCCUCGACCUUUGCCGCCGGACUACAUUGUCUAUGAUGUGAAAGUGUCCUCGCCAUACUACUCAGCGCCCAAACAGGUUGUGGUCCACAAUGGCCAGAUGGUGAACCGGGAAGGCAAGGGCGAUGGCAAGGGAGCCAAUCGCAGCGGAACUAUUGGCUUAGACAAGGCCGACCGCCGCCCUUCCAUACAAAGUCCAGUGGCUUCUCAGGUGGCCAAGCUGGUUGUGGAGUUCUGGCCGAAGGAGCCUGGUGUCUAUCCUUGCACUGUGACCCUCACGUCUGAUGUCGACAUCCGCAUCUACCAGUUUGAAGGCACUGGAACCGCGCCCAACACCCACUGCUCGCUGACGUUUACCACACAAGCGAGGAAAGCCAUCACACAGGAGAUUCCUAUUGUCAACCCAACCGACAGAGAAUGGGCAAUCAAGCCGACCUUCUCCCAGAUUGGGCAUGAGUUCGAUGGGCCCCGGGAGUUUAUCGCCAAGAAGAAGGGUGCAACGGGCCAGGCCACAGUGACGACCUAUCCGCUGACCUUCAAGCCGGAGUGGGUCUGCGACUGCAAGGCCCAGCUGGUGCUGUACAACGUGGGUACCAACGAGACCUACGAGUACGACCUCCACGGUGUUGCUGAAGAGCCCUUGGCGGAAGAGCACGUGGUGGUGAAGUGUGAGGCUCGGGAGAAGACCUCACAUGUCUUCCAGGUGAAGAACCACUCGAACCUCACGGCAUCCUUUGAGGUGGAGAGUGAUUUGGUCCACAUCUCCGGGCCUUCCUCAAUCCAGGUGGAUGGCCGCGGGACGGGUGAGUACGAGCUGGUCUUCCAACCCUUACAGGCAGGCAACGUCACAGGCUGCAUCAUCUUCCGCGACACCCAUACGGGGCACUUCACUUGGUACACGGUGGAACUCAUGACGCUGCCACCCAAGCCGCAGCAGCACCUUACUCUGACCUGCGUGGUGCGCCAGGCGGUGGCGGUGGACAUCCAGCUGGUGAAUCCCCUGGACGAUGUCGUGGUCUUUGAGGUGGCCCUCACGGGCGACGGCCUGCUGGGGGAGGCAGAGUUUGUCCUGGCUCCGAAAGAGACCGCCACGUAUGAACUGGUGUUCAGCCCGCUGCUGCCGGCGAGGACCAAGGGGACCGCCGUGUUCUUCAACGAGAUUGUAGGCGAGUUCUGGUACGAUCUCACGCUGAUGGCCGAAGCAGCGCCCGCAGAAGAGAUCCCGGGCCUGCAGUGUGAGCUUGGCAGGACCGCGCAAACAACCGUUCACUUGGACAACCCUACGGGUCAGGAGGUGGUCCUAAAGCAUCGCUCCACCAACAAGAUCAACUUCAAGGUUUUGAACAGCCGAGUGGUGCUGCCGCCAUUGGAGUCCGCUGACAUCACCAUCGAGUACAGCCCAUCCUCGUUGGGCGUGAACGAGGAGGCGCAGAUUGUUUUCGAGCAUCCGCUGGUUGGACAGUGGGUCUACAAGGCGCAGGGCUUGGGCCUGCCACCGCUGGAGUCGCGCAGCGUCACGGUGGCGGCGCAGGUGAACCGCACCGUGUCCUCCACGAUCCAGUUUAAGAACCCCUUCUUGGAGACCAUCACCAUCUUCAUCGUCCUGGAGUCCAAGAGCGAGAAGGGCGUCUUCAACCUGCUCAGCAAGAAAGCCAAGGUGCAGAUUGGGCCGCUGGCGACAACGCAGAUUCCCUUCUCCUUCUGCCCGCCGACCAUGACGCAACACACUGCGGAGAUAGCACUAUCAGUCAUGAAGCCGAAUCUCACCUGGUCCUACCGCAUCCAGGGUGUGGCGGAGGCGCCGGCGGACCCCACGCUGCACAGCUUCACGGUCCAGGCGCGGGAGGCGCUGCAGACCACCUACGCCCUGACGCUCAUCGGCCUGGAGAGCACCGACCGGGGCGACCAGCUGAGCUGCCAGCUGGAGGUGCCGCAGCAGCACCAGGCCAUGGUCUCCAAGUGCUUCGACAUCAGCCUCGAUGGCGAAGCGGUCGCGCGCACUGCCUCCAGCCAGGCGUCGAGGGCGAGAUCUGGCAAGCAGGAUGGCCAAGUGCACUUGAAGGUGAACUUUUCGCCUCUGCGGCCAUUCGUGGCGCUUUGCAACCUGGUGCUCACGAGGGCCUCUGGCGGGCGCUGGCGCUUUGACCUGAAACUGGAGGCCACUGAGCCCGAGGUGGAUGACGUGAUAUCCAUCCAGUCGCCGCUCAACAAACCUGCGAGUGUUGCCUUCCGACUGAACAACCACACCAGCGUGUACUCGGAGUUCGAGGCCUUCUUCGACGCGGAAUCCGCCUACGAGUUCACCGUGCAGCCCACCUCAGGAGUGCUGGAGCCCGCAGGCACCAGUGGUACCACCUUUGUUGUCACCUACAAACCCACCGAGUACGGCAAGCCUGUGCAGGGCAAGCUCAUCAUCCAGACGGAGGACGUGUACUGGUCUUACAUGGUGAGAGGAACCCAUCCAAAGUACUCGGCGCCGGUGGUUGACAAGCCCAAGGUGGCCACAAGGUUGACAAAAGAGAUGGAGCAGCAGCUUCAGAAAGCUUCGCAAAGCCGGAGGAAGAAUUUCAUCAAGGAGAACAUGAAGGGUGGACCUAGAGAGUGAGGCCGCUCUGCCGUACUUUGAGAUUUGAGACCGAACAGACUGACUGAGAGGUGAGCAGGAAGCCGCCCUUGCCCGAGGUGCUGGCGGCCGCGACCCUGGCGAGGCAGCCGGCACCGUUGCGGUCCUGACAGUGAGGGCUGCUGAACUGCUAGGGUCAUAGGCUGCGUUUCACCCACAACAUUCUGCCAAAGGCAGGGCAAGGGAGGAGGCAAGAGCAAACAUGGAGGCUCCACUUCCUAGGUGCAACUCCAUUCGAGUUUUGCGUCAGGGAUGUGCCAUCCAUGCCCUACGCAAUCGAGGAAACAUGUUUGGCGAACACACACCCACAUGUGUUUGCGAAGAAAGCAAAACGACACGCCAGA